UUUGUAUCAAACAAAAAACACUUCCAAAUCAAAACCCCUUAUUGUGCUCUCACCAAGAAAACGACCCUCCUAAAACCCUUUUCAUAUCUUUCACUCUCUCAUGAAAAUUCUUCUCUCCCAAACAGUUUCCCUAAGGUUUUGGACAAAAUAGAGAAAAGGGUAUUCGUCUAUUUGUUCUAAUUUUGUUGGGUUCUCUUCUUUUUCUUUUUCUUUUUCUUUUUCUUCUUCUUCUUCCUCUUACUGUUUCAGUGGAAUUAUUAGUAUAAACUUUGGGAAGUUUUGAAAGAAAUCUGCUGUUUCUGCUUGGUUUUUAAGCCAUCUGAUCAAUUUCCCAUUUCCAUAUCUCUUGGAAGUUCGAUUUCUCUGGGCGAUUUUCGGCUAUAAAUGGCCAGGAAAUGCUUCUGGUUCUGUUUUCAAUCGAUUCCCGGUUUCUGGGUCGUCUUCUCUGCCAUUGCCUCCUUGACAAUGACAGUCCAAGCAUUUACUGGAACUUAUGGAAUAAAUUAUGGAAGGAUUGCUGAUAACAUUCCUUCACCUGAUGAAGUUGUUUCGCUUCUCAAAGCGGCAAAAAUUAAGAAUGUUAGGAUUUAUGAUGCUGAUCAUAAGGUUUUAAAAGCGUUUAGUGGGACGGGUCUUGAAUUGGUAGUUGGUCUCCCAAAUGGCUUCUUGAGAGAAAUGAGUGCAAGCGAGGAACAUGCGAUGAAUUGGGUUAAAGAAAAUGUUCAAGCAUUCCUUCCUGAGACUCACAUUUGUGGAAUUGCCAUAGGUAAUGAAGUUCUAGGAGGAGGUGACCUUGAGUUGUGGGGAGCACUCUUAGGUGCUGCAAAGAAUAUCUAUAAGGCAGUAAAGAACCUUAACUUAGAUGGUGUCGUUCAGAUCACAACAGCACAUUCUCAGGCUGUUUUUUGGAACUCGUUUCCGCCUUCUUCUUGCAUAUUUAGAGAAAAUGUUGUUCAAUACAUGAAGCCGUUGUUGGAGUUUCUUUCAGAGAUUGGUUCACCUUUCUGUUUAAAUGCUUACCCUUUUCUAGCCUAUAUGAGUGACCCCGAAAAUAUUGAUAUCAACUAUGCACUUUUUGAAUCAACUAAAGGUAUUUUUGAUCCCAAAACUGGUCUACAUUAUGACAACAUGCUCGAUGCUCAGAUUGAUGCUGCAUACGCAGCAUUGGCCGAUGCUGGAUAUCAGAAAAUGGAAGUCAUAGUCACGGAAACUGGUUGGGCUUCCCGUGGAGACGAAAAUGAAGCUGCGGCAACUGCAAGUAAUGCAAGGAUAUUUAAUUACAACCUUAGGAAGAGGCUUGCUAAGAAGAAAGGAACUCCCUUCAGGCCAAAGAAUGCGUUGAAGGCUUAUAUUUUCGCAACGUUUAACGAAAAUUUGAAGCCAGGGCCGACUUCUGAGAGAAACUUUGGACUUUUCAAAGCUGAUGGAAGUAUAUCAUAUGACAUUGGAUUUCAUGGACUUAAAUCUUCUUCUUCAGAUUCAUCUUAUUUAUCUCUCAAGGAUUUCCGAGCUCGAGGACUUUCGGGAAGCCACAUGAUCUCAUUAACGAUCUCGGCCGUGACGCUUCUAUUAUUGUUGAGAUGAAAAAUGAAAUUUAGAAUGUCUGAGAACAUUUAAGUUAGAAAGGUAAAGCUGCAGUAGGUAUUGGAGGAAAGCAAUUUGCAACUUCUGCUGGUUCAGCCCAUUACUAUGGCAUAGUUGAUGUUAAUUCUUUUGCCUCUUGCAUGAUGAAACUCUCCACCCCAUUUCCACCCCAUUUUAUGUAUAAAUUGUAUCCCCAAUUUUCCAUAAAGGUUGAGUUUGAGAUGGAGCUAUUGAAUCAUGAAUGCAAGUGGCAAAAUAAAGCAAUAUAUGCUUAUGAUUUCAA